UGCAUUCCCGAGCCAUCACCCGGGACUCGGCUAACCUACCCUGCAGGAAUCAAGCUACCCUGAGACCCACUACCCCACUUGAUGGAACUUCAACUUGAACAUCAAAAGAUCCGUAUCAUGGGGCCCAAUAAUGAGUGUAAUUAUAUUUGCUCCCAUCUAUGAUAUGGGCCGCCCUUCUGGAAAUCACCAGUGGCACCAUGUCGUCUCGACGGGGGCAACAUAUUUCAAGGAAAGCGUGUGAUGGCUGUCGAGAUCGAAAGAUCAAGUGCACAUGGACCGAUGCAACAUCAUGUGCUGGGUGUGUGACCGCUGGACUCUAUUGCACUUUCCAGACCACACGCAAACGACGAGGACGCCCUCAGAGAGAUCUCGAGAAGUUCAGACAGCUAAAGACGUCGGGUCUCCCAAAUGACACAUCAGGUGGAGAUGCUCGAGUCUAUCUUCUACCCAAUGCUGCAUCAUCCGUAACUAUCGAGGACUUAUGUCCAAUGACCACUUUCCACUCAAUUAUUGAAGAAUUUCUGGAGAAUCUCUAUUCUAUAGCACCUCUAAUCCAUGUCCCAUCAUUCAACUCCCAGGUCUCCGAAUGUCUCUACCUCAAGGACGCCCGUUUUCUCUGCCUAUGCCUUUCGAUAUGUGCGAUGACGAUUUCUUCUCUUCCUCGCAAGGCAAGCAUCUACCUCCCUGGACACUAUCAAAGCUCGAGAGAAAUGGUUAGUCGAGCUUACCAACUGGUAAUCGCUAGUCGGCUCGCCACAUCACCAGACUGGGCUGAUAAUCCGUCUUCGAACGAUAUGAACUGCUCGCUUCUGCUUGGAAUGGCAAGCCAUUACACUCAAUGCCCUAAAAGAGCGUGGUCAUUGAUUAAUGAGAGUAUUCAUUGUUGUAGGUCACUGAGUCUUUACCACGAAAACGGGUACAAGGAAAUGACUACUAUAGAAAUCGAAAUCAACAAGAGGGCAUUCUGGAUGCUUUACAUCGUUCAAAUAGCCUUUCACUCUACUAGGUGAAAGUCCCACGUCGACCGACUGGGAAUUCCUUGUCCCUCUCACCCUCUCAGACGAAGAGCUUGUUAAAGGCUCGACUACCUUGCCUUCCUCUGGACCUACUCCCAUAAUCACUGGCUUCGUCACCUUGAUAAAAGUCUUCCUCUGCGUCCUCGGCCUCCUCUCCG